AUGUAUAAGAAGAAAACUCAAGAGGAAAAACAUGCUGCAAAGGCCGUUCCUCACGGUCUCUUCAAAAGUACGAAUGUUAUUGGGAAAUUAUCAACGGGCAUUGGCGUUUGUGGACUGAUGGGCACAGCAGUCGGUGUCGCCGCUAAGCGCCUCACGCAAGACGCGUUGUACGGUGCUGGGAUUGCUGUCAUUGCUCUUCAGAGCCUCAGCUACUUGGGUUACAUUCAGAUUAACUGGAAAAAAGUGGAGAGUGAGAUUACUCAGGCGCUGGAUCAUGACGGCAACGGCAAAAUUGAUGCAGAGGAUUUUCAUUUUUAUCUGAACCGCUUCCUGAAGUUUGCUGGCAAUGGAAUUAGUGACUUGAGUGCAUUUGCAGCAGGUUUUUUCUUUGGGAGCAGGUAUCUGGCCUAA